CGGCGCUGGACGUUCCGUUUGCGCUGAUUGGCUGCACUGGAGUAUCGCUGGCAUUCGGGCGCCUUUGCUGCUAGUUUGCUACAGGUUGCGGCUUGCGAUCAGCGGAUCUGUGAGGACCGGAAACCGGGAGUUAUACUUUAUAAAGCUUCAAGAUGUCAAAGCAACAGGCUCAGUUCACCAAUCCGGAAACACCAGGAUAUGUCGGGUUUGCCAACCUUCCAAAUCAAGUUCACCGCAAGUCUGUAAGGAAAGGCUUCGAGUUCACUCUAAUGGUUGUGGGGGAGUCUGGACUGGGAAAAUCAACUCUGAUCAACAGCCUCUUCCUGACAGAUCUGUAUCCUGAGAGGGUAGUUCCUGGAGCAGCAGAUAAAAUUGAACGAACAGUGGAAAUUGAAGCUUCCACUGUAGAAAUAGAAGAGAGGGGUGUGAAGUUACGUCUCACCGUGGUUGACACUCCUGGCUAUGGAGAUGCCAUGAACUGUGUGGACUGUUUUAAACCAAUCAUCUCUUAUGUGGACAACCAGUUUGAGCGUUAUCUACAUGAUGAAAGUGGCUUGAACCGGCGGCACAUUGUGGACAAUAGAGUCCAUUGUUGUUUUUACUUCAUCUCUCCUUUUGGACAUGGCCUAAAGCCUCUUGAUGUGGAGUUUAUGAAGGCUUUGCACAAUAAGGUCAACAUUGUCCCAGUCAUUGCCAAAGCUGAUACUUUGACGUUGCGGGAACGUGAGAGACUAAAGCGAAGGGUAUUGGAUGAAAUAGAAGAACAUGGAAUAAAAAUCUACCAGCUUCCAGAUGCAGAGUCAGAUGAAGAUGAGGACUUUAAGGAGCAAACAAGACUCUUAAAAGCAAGCAUCCCUUUUACAGUAGUUGGAUCCAACCAGCUCAUUGAAGCUAAGGGUAAAAAGGUGAGAGGCCGACUGUAUCCCUGGGGUGUGGUGGAAGUGGAAAACCCAGAACACAAUGAUUUCCUGAAACUGAGAACCAUGCUGAUCACACACAUGCAGGACCUGCAGGAGGUAACCCAGGACCUGCACUAUGAAAACUUCCGCUCAGAACGUCUUAAGAAAGGUGUUGCCAGCAAGGUAGAAAAUGUGGAAGUGACAAAGGACCAGAUACUCCAGGAGAAGGAAGCUGAGCUCCGUCGCAUGCAGGAAAUGAUUGCAAGGAUGCAGGCACAAAUGCAGAUACAAAGUCAAAGUGGUGAUGCACAGCACUUGUAAUGGUCUACAGUCAAUAUAUUAGAGCCAAAGCUUUGGGCUAACAAGGAUUCACAUGUGGCCUGCUGUACUGUACACAAAGUGCUUUAUUCUGGUUCAUACAUACUGACAUUUUGUGAAUUGACAUCCAGUUUGUUGCAAAUCUUCUAUAUACAUGAGUUACACAGAUUUUGGAUCUUUGAACUGCCACUUGCUGUUACACUGUUUGUUUUGUCUGUUACAUGUUCUGCAUUUUCUAAACACAGCCUAUAAAAAUAUAAUGCAGCUUUAUAUCCAGAUGCCAGGUAUGUAUGCCGAGCAGCAGGUAUAGGCUGUACUUUAAUCUGCGUACCUAUUGCGUCUUGCUUACAGAAAUAUGUCCUCUUAACUUUCUGCACUUCUAGCUUUAACCCCCUACUGCCCUUUACCUACUGGGGUUCUAUUACUCCAGUCUGUUGGAAAUAUAUAAAACCAAAAUGUUCUAAGUCCUGCAAGGCAAUUAAAGCCCCACAAGGAUUUAUGCUACAAAUUUUUACAUUAUACACAGUGCUGUUCUACUUGCCUGGGGGGAUACAGGAGCCUUGUGACGUAAAGAAUAGCUUCCACUCUUCUAUAUCCGUACUGCUGACAUUAGGCAUACCCAGAUUGAGAGUAAGGUUAACCAAGAAAUAUAUGGCGCUAUAGGGAACAAUUGUUUAUGAAUAGUUGUUUACUGACAUUGUAAUGUAGUAUAUCUGGGUUGAACAGUAAGCCUUGUAUUUGAGAUUCUUGCCUAACUGUUCGGCAUUAGUUGUGUAACUUGAAGUAAGGGUAUAUACCAAAGGGUUUUAUCCUUAACUAAUACAGGCAAGUACGAUUCCAUAGCUCUAGUAUGCACAGAACAAUUGUUUUUCAUUGUUAUUCCUAACACUGAGAGCUCUCAUGCUAAUUUCUUCAGUUUCUACUGUUUAUAAAUAUAUGUGAUGCAGUAUCACCAGCUGUCUAUGGCGGUUGUUUCUGCUUUGUCAGACAAUAAAACAAGUCCUUACUGUAAACAAGCAGAGAAAAUGUGGUGCACCCAUAUUAGUCUAAGGGAAAGUGAAAAUACUGAUGUCCUAUCAAUAGCUUUUAUCUUCUAUUAAAGCUACUGCACUUUACAAAAAAAUAAUACUCAUUGUUUUUAUGAAAAAUUGCAUUUUUAUUAGGCAUCUGCAUGGCAACUGUCGGGAAGAAACACAUAGAAAAACUGUACUGGGCCAGAUAUUAUUUGGGAUCCCAAAAGGGGGAAUCAUUUCAGUGUAGUUAUAGCUAUUUGGAAAACCCCAGAACAUGUAAUGUUAGAAAAUUAUAACCAGUUUUUUACAUUUACAUCCCCUUUAUUAGACCAAACAAAAUGAGUGAAAGAAAUGUGCUCAAAGUUGAUUCAUUGUUUGUUUAUAUGAAGUUCCAGUUAUAAACAGAAGCCACCAUAUUGUGGAUCUGAAUAAUACCAUUAGGAGUGCUGUUCCAUUUAGAUCUCAGGAGACUGCUUUAGAAGAGGAAAGCAACACUGUGAUGAGAAGGAGUGUUCUUUCUACAAAUUAAGAUAACUUCCUUAGUUUCUGCUGCUUAAGGAAAACUAUGUAGGUCUAAUCACAAUUGCUAAGGCAUCUGCCUACCUGCUCCUCCAGGUGUAAACUUUUAGGGCAUACGUGAGCUGUAGCAAUGUAUAGGGGCUAUAUUUGAAAGGUCAAAUUAUGGCAUUAGAGGAAAUGGACCAAAAAAAUCCAAGCUUCACAUGGGAAGGCAUGCUCCCCAUUUAUGUUCAGCAAAACAGGAGUAUUAUCCAGUGAAUCUUGAGCAAAUUUGGGUAUUGAAAUCUUCUGCUUGGAGCUUUGUAGUCAAAAAGACCUCAGGAGCACCUAUUCAGGGGCACCCAAAGAUUGCACAAUGCAGCUCAUACCAACUGUUUUGUCUACUGUAGAGCUUGCUUGUUUGUUACUAUAUGAUCAAACAGUUUCUUGCAGUUUAAGGCCAUAGCAUGGACUAAGAAUAGAGAAAGAUUUGUCUUUCAAGAGUAUUAUAAAUUUUUGACAUAUGUGCUUUAUUUGGAAGUGUAUUGAGAUUUUGUUGACCUUGUUGACUUGUCAUAGGCUGUGUGGGGAUACACCAUGGACUCAGUGUGAUUAUUUUGAUUGCCGCAGGUCUCUAUGGUAGGGAACAAGGUAAACAAUAUGCUUGUUAUGUAAUGAGUUUUAAGCUAGCUAUGUACUAAAUUAUUUAAUCCCUGCUUGAUUUCUGAUUGAUACUGAAUAAGAAGGCUGAAAAAACCCAUACAGUCUGUACAGGUCCCCCGUGAACUGAUUGUUGGCCCCGGGACCAAACAGUUGGAUUCAUUUUAUUUAGCUCCGUUGGAUGGCCAAAAGCAUUCAAAGAUCUGUUUGCUGGGCAACCUUACCAAAUGAACAAACCUUUAUAUUAAUGGGCAACUAAGGGACAUCUUUAUUAUAGUGUGUAAGCCAUCAUUAUUGGUGAUGUUGCCAAUUGCAACCAAUUAGAUCUUAUCUUUUGUUUUCUAACUUGUAGGCAAAUGUUCAAAUCUAAUAGGUGAUCGGUUGCUAUGGACAACAUCACCGUGAUGUUGGCUUACACACUAUAGUAAAUAUGACCCUUAGAGUUUGCAUUAAUUUCCAGGUGGUGUAGCUUUUACAACAUAAACAUAAUGCUUUCCUAUCAAAUAGAUACCAUCUAUGAAAUUGUAAUAAUUCUGCUGUCACUCUAUGUAAAGCACAUACUGCCAUUCCUCUACAUAACAUCUUUGGCUUCUUACUGCACUUUAUAGCAUUUUUUUAAACUCCACAGUAAAUUAAAGGAGUAACUAAUUAGAAUGGUCUCCUGUACUUUUAUAUUUUAUAUAUAUGUUAAGAUGUGGAGUAUUUGAGACUAUUGCUUUUUUUUUUUUUUUUUUUUUACAUUUUGAUAAGUCUGUAUCUUUUGUAUCCUACCACCAGGAAUAUAUAUAUAUAACUGUGUGCAUUCAUAGAGAUAAAAAUUUAACUUCAAUGCAGUGCCUUUUAAAAUUGUAAUUGUUAUGCUGUUUUCAUUGUAAUGGUGCAUGUUUCUUGUGUAAGACAGUUGUAUAAUAAAAUUUUCAAUUAAUCAGUGGGAAAAUAUGGUGCAAAGGAAUCAUGUUUUCCAUUUAAAUGUACAUUUUGAUAAUAAACUUAUAAAUUGAGAAUGUUGGUCAGAAGCUUUAUAUAUACACACAGAGGGGCACUGGAUACAAUAAAACUUUCCUAGGAAAACCUGCCUCUUCAAAGGUUGGUGCUACAUGUAAAUGUGUGAACAGCCAUUGCAUAAGGAUGACUUACACCUCAGGCCUGGGUCAAGUCAAUGUUCUCUCUAUUGCCUCUCCUGCUCCUGCAUUACUUCUGCAUAUUAUAACUGGCAGCAACAAGAUGUGGUCAAAAUGCCUAGAUUGCCUUGGCCCUUACAAUUUAUAUAAUACAAUUGUAACUUUCUCUGAAGAAGUAAUAUAGUACAGCUUUUAGUGUUAGAAAAGGUGCUUGUUUACCUUUUGCAGGACUCUAGGACUCUGCAAAAGAGGCACUUUCCCAAUACAAUAGUUUACCAAAAAUUGUUUUAGUGAAUAAAGCUGCAGUCUCUUCUACUGGCUGCCGUUUUCUGCACUGCGCUUAAUCCUAACAUUGCGCAAGCUAAAUCUUUGAAUAUCAUUUUUGGUAACAUAAUUUAUUUGGAAAAGUGCUUCUUUUGCAAAGUCCUGCCAGUUUGGAAUGACAUAGCAAAUGUGAACAUUCCAUUAAAGUACUAAUUGGACACCGUUCCAAAGGAAUCCUGCAGUACUGUUUAAUCCUGUAUCACUCUGUCUGUUGAGCUAGUCAAAUAGUAUAUAAGGCAUGUGCAAAAUCCAAAUACUUAAAAUGUUUUGCAGGGUUAGGCAGAAUUACAGCUUCUUCUGGUAUAUAACUGGGGUACUUUGAUACUUAUGACUGUUGGUGAGCAACUGCUAGCACAAGGAGGGUUACCAAUCACUGCUGCAUUGUUUUUUCUUGAGUAGCAGCUGAGCAUCUGUUUGCAUUCCAUAUAAAUGCAUUUGGAUACAGCUAUGUCUUUUCUAUUUAUAUGUAGUCAGAAAUUAAUGCUUUGCUGUGUCAAACUUUGAUAUCCAAAGCCUAAACUGCCACCCACCUUUAUAGCUGCAGAGCCAUUUUCACAGACUUUUCUGAGAGUUCUGCUCAAUGUAUGGAAAUGGCUCAAAACAGUUUUCCACUGUGCAAUGUAAAUCUUGGAUUUUAUAUACUGCAAGAAUUUCUUUUCAUUUUAUGGGAUCUACCACUUUUUGCUUAAAAUGUAUUUGUAUAUGAAACUUUUAACCUUUGUUAUAACAAUGAAUAAAUGGUUUUGUUGGAUAUA